AUGUGGAGCAUCUACAGUGUACUAGUCUUUGCUCUAGCAGCAGCAUCGAGCUUCACACCUGUAUAUGUCCUGGAGUUCUGCCAAAGUCCUGACUCUGACUGUCACAGCGAUGACGACACAGCAUCAAACAGCCAGCCGUCCCCACACACCACCAAAUCCAGGUGGAACGUGAGUGUUUCAAACCUCCUACAGGACCUGGACCAGUUCAGAGUCUCCUGCAAGAAGCUUAUCGAAGCAUUCCCAGGUGAUGAGGUUGAUGGCAACUUUGUUCGCACUGUGAAGAACUGCAUAUUUUCCAAAUCCAUUCCAACCCCACUGAAAGGACCGUUAAGACUGGCAGCAGUUUCUAAGGACGCCAUCGAGGGGAUCUUGGAUUUAGACAUGGCUGUGACACAGUCAGAGGAUUUCCUGCUUUAUGCCAGUGGUGGCAGACUGCUGUUAGGAUGUGUACCUCUUGCACACAGAUACGGGGGUCAUCAGUUUGGCUACUGGGCAGGUCAGCUGGGUGAUGGCCGAGCACACUACCUUGGUCAGUACACCAACAGGAAGGGAGAAACAUGGGAACUGCAGCUGAAGGGAUCUGGAAAAACACCAUAUUCAAGGUCAGGAGAUGGUCGGGCUGUGAUUCGCUCGUCUGUCAGGGAGUUCCUGUGCAGCGAAGCCAUGCAUUUCCUGGGUGUUCCCACCAGCAGGGCUGCCAGUCUAAUUGUAAGUGAGGAGUCUGUGUUGAGGGAUCAGUUCUACAAUGGCAAUGUGAAGACAGAGAGAGGAGCUGUUGUUCUGCGGUUAGCCAAGUCGUGGUUUCGGAUUGGAUCGUUAGAAAUUUUGGCUCAAAGUGGAGAGAUAGAUCUCCUGAGAAAGCUGUUGAACUUUGUGACUGAUGAACAUUUCCCUUCAAUCAGUUCAGGUGACCCGGACAAGUACCUGGUGUUUUAUUCCACAGUCGUUAAUGAAACAGCACAUCUGAUCGCUCAGUGGAUGUCUGUUGGGUUUGCACACGGUGUGUGUAACACAGACAAUUUCAGCCUCCUGUCUAUCACCAUCGACUAUGGACCAUUUGGCUUCAUGGACUCGUAUGACCCCAAUUUUGUCCCCAACACGUCUGAUGAUGAGGGCAGGUACAGCAUUGGAGCUCAGGUCAACGUCGGAUUGUUCAACCUGGAGAAGCUCCUGGUGGCUCUCAGUCCUGUGCUGACAUACAAACAGCAGAAAGAGGCUAAAAUGAUCUUAAAAGGAUAUACUGAUAUUUACCAGAUGAGGAUUCACCAGAUAUUUAAAGCAAAACUUGGGCUUCUUGGUGAAGAGGAAGAAGACAGCUACAUUAUUGCCUUCUUGCUCAAGAUGAUGGAGGACACACAGUCAGACUUCACCAUGACCUUCAGACAGCUCAGUGAAAUUUCACAACUGCAGCUUCAUAACAGGAACUUCACACAGAUGUGGGCCCUUGGUGACUUAUCAUCGCACAAGCACUUCUCUGAUUGGCUCAGUAUGUACUUCCUCCGAGUCAGCAUAAGCAAAGAAAUGUGUAUUGUCAAACUAUGUCCUAGUUUGUUCUCUGAAAUGUUUCUUUUUUUUCUCCUCCUGUUCAGACAAGAAAAUGAUACAGAUUUGGAUCGUCAAAACAGGAUGAAAAGCGUAAACCCUAGAUACGUGCUGAGGAACUGGAUGGCAGAGUCAGCUAUAAGGAAAGCUGAGAAGAAUGAUUUUUCUGAGGUGGAGCUGCUGCACCGCAUCUUGUCCUUCCCCUUUGUUACACAAGAGACUGCAGAGGAGGCGGGCUAUGCAGCAAGACCUCCACUGUGGGCUAAGAGGUUAAAGGUCAGCUGUUCAUCAUGAGUGAGCCCCCAAAAGAGCAAAAUACUCAAGUGAAGAAGAAUUGUAACUUAAAUGGUCUUUUGUGGUAUAUUUUGGUUAAUCCUGUCAGGAUAGUGGAAUAUAUUUGCUCCAAAAUGUCAAGGUCAUAGCUGUGUAAUGAAAAAUGAAAUAGCCUUUUGAUCAUAAAAUUGUAAUCAGCUAAAUACCUUCAAGCACCUUGUAUUUCCCCUUUGACUCCAAAAUAAAGACAAAGAUGCUGAUUUGA